AUGACGUCAGUGCCACUGCACCUCCCGGUGCCUCAUUCCUCCUUUAAGCACCCGGAGCACUGCCUCUUGCCGAUUAUCGCCUACCGUACCAGGGAUUUGGUGGCAGCCCGAGAGCGGGGCAAAACCAGGAACCUGGCUGCUGGCGAGCGCCUGGGAGUGAGAGGUUCCCCAGGAAACACUAUUCCUCUCCCAGGAAAACGGCCGUGCCUCGCCAGGGGCCCCCCCAAAAGAGAAACCCCGUCCAGCCGUGACGCCCACGCCCCGCCUCGCCGCACAGCCAGCCAGCUUUCCCACUCCCGAGAUGGCUCCACAAUAGCUUCACUCGCUAUUCAGUGCCCAAUUCCAGCACGGCGGUACACGUCCCACCAGCCGGGACUCGCCUCGCCCUUUCUCAAAAUAGCAACGACUAACUUCAACCCGCGAGGGGGUUGCCCCUGGGGCCCGAGGCCCCCCGGGGUCUGUGCCGCUGCGCUCUCGACGGCCGCCUACGUGCUGGAUGAUGCCGGCGGGCUGGGCAGGCAGUUCGACGGGCUCGGGGCUGUCAGCGGCGGCGGGGUGAGCGGCGCCGACGGGCGUGGGGGCUCCUCCGGUGCUGUGCUGCUAAUCCUCUCCUCGGGGCGGCGGUUGCAACGGGCGCUUGGGCGGGGGAUUACAGCCACAUCUAGACUCCUGGUGAACUACCAAGAACCUUAUCGCUCCCAGAUUUUAGAUUAUCUGUUCAAGCCAAAUUUCGGUGCUUCUUUACAUAUCCUCAAAGUGGAGAUUGGAGGUGAUGGACAAUCAACAGAUGGCACUGAGCCCUCCCAUAUGCACUAUGAAAAUGAUGAGAACUACUUCCGGGGCUAUGAAUGGUGGCUGAUGAAAGAAGCUAAAACGAGGAACCCCAAAAUUAAACUGAUUGGAUUACCUUGGACAUUUCCGGCAUGGAUAGGGAAGGGUGAAAACUGGCCCUAUGACUACCCAGAUGUCACUGCUUACUAUGUUGUUUCUUGGAUAUUAGGAGCUAAACGGUAUCAUGAUUUGGACAUUGAUUAUAUUGGGAUAUGGAAUGAAAGGGCAUUUAGUAGCAAAUAUAUUAAGGUACUUCGACAAUCUUUGGACAGACUGGGUCUAAGGAACAUUGGCAUCAUCGCUGCAGAUGGAGAUUGGAACGUUUCAAAGGAGAUGAUAGUUGAUCCCUAUCUUAAUGAUGCUGUUGAGGUAGUCGGGGCUCACUAUCCUGGAACAAAAACAGUGCCGAAUGCCUUAUUAACUAAGAAGAAACUGUGGUCUUCAGAAGAUUACAGUACUUUCAAUGAUGAAGUAGGUGCAGGCUGCUGGGCUCGGAUCCUGAACCAAAACUACGUGAAUGGAAACAUGACCUCAACCAUUGCAUGGAACUUGGUGGCUAGUUAUUAUGAAGAGUUGCCCUUUGGUCGAUGUGGAUUAAUGACAGCGCAAGAGCCGUGGAGUGGCCACUACAAAGUAGAAGCUCCUAUCUGGAUUACAGCACACACAACGCAGUUUACUCAGCCAGGCUGGUCAUACUUGCAAGUAGAUGGACAGUUAGAAGGAGGUGGUAGUUUUGUAGCUCUGACAGAUGGCCUAGGAAACCUUACCAUCAUCAUUGAAACUAUGACUCAUAAUCACUCUCAAUGUAUCAGGCCUCUACUGCCUCAUUUCAGUGUGACACCUCAGAAAGCAACUUUCUACCUCAAAGGGUCAUUUUAUAUGGUGCAAACCCUUCAAGUGUGGCAUUCUAGACUUGGGUUUGAAUCGGGAAACUCUAGUCUUUUCCAGCAACUCCAUCCUGUAAAGGUGUGGAAGGGAAGUUUUUCUUUAUAUCUAAAUGUGGAUGAAGUCUACACUUUAACCACACUCAAGACAGGCCAGAAAUGUGGUUGCCCAGAGCCUCCACCACCUCAGCCCUUUCCUUCAAAUUACAAAGAUGAUUUCAAUAUCCGUAAUCCACCUUUCAGUGAAGCCCCAAAUUUUGCAGAUCAGACAGGUGUAUUUGAAUACUUCAUAAAUAGUUCUGACCCAGGAGAUCAUGUGUUCACACUCCGCCAGGUAGUGGUUCAGCGACCCAUCACUUGGGCUUCUGAUGCAGACCAGACCAUCAGUCUCAUAGGAAAUUUUCAGUGGGUAAACAUGACGGUCACUUGUGACAUCUACAUAGAAAAACAACGUGAUGGGGGCGUCUUUAUUGCAGGAAGAGUUGACAAUGGUGGGAUAUAUGUUCGACGUACCAAAGGAGUUUUCUUCUGGGUUUUUGCAGAUGGCACCUACAGAGUCACUGGUGAUCUAGCCGGAGAAGAAAUAUUAAUGAAGGGACUUUCUGGUGUACGGGACAAUACGUGGCACACACUUACUCUUAACAUUCAGGGCACUUCUGCCUCAGGACUGUUAAAUGGUUAUCCACUCUGGGAGAAUGUCACCGUUUCUAAACCAAGUAAUGGCUGGGCUGCUAUUGGAACACGCUCGUUUGAGUUUGCACAGUUUGACAACUUUCAUGUUGAAGCUAGCUGAGGUGGCUUUUGCAUUUGGAGAACCCAGUUCUCAUAUUGCUUUGAAUAAGAGCCAGUUCAAACUUUGAUGACAACUUAAUGCUAUGCUGAGAUUGAUCAUUUGGCAAGGAAUCUGGAUUCUGUCCUUAUUAUUUGUUAAAGAUUUACUUGAGUAGGUAUCAACAUGACUGUAACUUUAUCCCCUGGUUGCUAUAGGAUUUUUGCCCUUCGAUUUUUGGGGGUAAAUUUUAGUUCAAGGUAAUGAUGAAAACAAAAUCAUGGAUUUAAAUCUCUUUUAAUAACAACAUCUUAACUUCCCAGCUCACUUUUAAGAUAACUUUAGAAGUUAACAGAAUAUAGAGGCAUCUCAAGCUGCAUUUCUAACACUGAGAUAAUUGUGUCCAUUCCUUUCACUCUGAAAGAAAGAAUUAGAUGGUGGUAAGCCUUAUGAGCCAGUGGCCCCAUACUUUUGUAGGGCUGUCAUUCUCAAAUUUCAUUUGGAUGAAGAAUCUAGUUUUUC